UCUCGUUGAAAUUUCAAAACCUAAAGUUGUAAGCAGCAGGGGAAAUGUGGAUGACCUUAUUGACAUCAAAUCAGCUGUUGAAAAAGGAGUGAACAGCAGAGGCCAAAAUAUGGACAACCUGAUAGACAUCAAACCCACUGCAAAUAGAGGAGCGAGAAGAGACCAACUGGAUGAACUUGUUGAAAUUUCAGACACUGCAAAGAAUUCUAGUAAAAGGGAAGACCAACUCAGUGACUUGAUUGAGAUAAAAAAACCUGAAGCGAAGACCAGGACUCAAAAUCUUGACAGUCUAAUCGACAUUAAAAAUACUAACACUACUAGUACAAAUAAGGGGACUCAAAAUCUUGACAAUCUAAUUGACAUUAAAAAUACUAACACUACUAGUACAAAUAAGGGAAGUCAAGAUUUGGAUGACCUCAUUGCCAUAACAGGAGAAGGAAACAAAGGGACAACCAAAUAUCCUGUUAAUAGCAGCAAUACUACAACCCGUAGUUCAACUUCAACUACCACAUACAAUAUUACAAGCGAGAGCUCUGAUGCACCAAACAGGCGUUCAACCACAACCAGAACUUACAAUGUUGCCAAUGACUCCCAGGAUUCCCCAAGCAGACGUUCGACUACCUCAACUUCCUACAAGCUUUCAGAUGACAGCAGUGACGCUCCAUCUCGUCGUUCCACAACAACAACAACUUACAAAGACAUUACUGAUGGACCAAGUACUCGACCCAAUGUUACCUACACACAGGAUUCAUGGAAAUCAUCACCUAAUAUAUAUGAUAGCCAAUCUAUCAUAUCAAAUUCCAUUAAAACUGUCUAUUCCACUUCUGAUCGAUCUGUUAUUGAAAAGGACAUGUGCACUUACUGUCGGAAGCCACUUGGAAUUGAUGCCAAAAUGAUCCUUAAAGAUUUAAACAUAUCCUGCCAUGCAACAUGCUUUAAGUGUGAAGCAUGUUCUGGUUCCUUGAAAAAUCUAAAGGCUGGUGACAGUAUGUGGAUCUAUAAGCAAACUAUUCACUGUGAGCCGUGCUAUUUUUCUGCAAGAGAGAAAUGGAUCUGCUAAAUGGAGGAUCUAAAAUCCAACAAUAGAAGAUGAAAUAUGAAUUGCGUCAAUAUAUAGUUUUUCUUGUUUAACUGAAAACGGCUGGGGUUAUAAUGUAUAAAGGCUGUAGAAGAUUUAUUGACUUUCCUCCAUAAGGUUUUACAACUUUCUAUUUUUAAUACAGAACUUAUUGUAGAAUAAAAGUAGUGUAAUGUACAGAAAACAAUAGUUCCCAAUUAGUAAUGAAGCCAAGAACAUUCUGUUGUUGCAUAAUUUGAGGUGUGUAAUAAAAUAGCUGUAUUCUGUUCCCUUACAAACAACAUAAAUAGGAUUACUGUGGUUUAGCUUAAGAUAUUUACAAAAACAACUCUUUGAUGGGUUUAAGGGAGUGUUGGUCUUUUCUAUGACAGACAGAGC